AUGGUCAUACAGCUGGCGGCCAUCACUUUGAAACUUUCCCCUCUCAACUUGGCCGUGAUGUCGCUGGAGCGCUACGUGGCCAUCUGCUUUCCGCUCAGGCACGCAAACAUUGUCACCAUCAGGACGACGCGCAUCGCCAUCGUAGUCAUGUGGUCCAUGGCCUCCUUGGACUCGUUCAUCCAGUUCUUGCUCUUUGUCAGGCUGGAGAACACCAGCUUCACCGUGUCCCAGUACUGCAGUAGAGAGAAUGUGUGGCGACUGAAGAUAUAUAAUACAAUAGACACCAUCUUUACCAUACUUUACUUUGUGGUAGUGAGUAUAAUUAUCUUCUAUACGUAUAUCGCUAUCAUUUGUGCCAUCAGGUCGGCGUCCACAAACGUUCCGAAUGCCAGCAAGGCCCGGAAGACGGUGAUGCUGCAUAUGUUUCAGCUAUGCCUGUGUCUCACCUCCACGCUCUUCAACAUGAUCAAAUCAGGUAGUCCCUUGAACUUAAAUCCUAGUCUUCAUUUUAAGUACGCUCUCUUUUUAGGCCUCCUCAUCGUCCCCAAAUGUUUGAGCCCGCUCAUAUACGGGCUCAGGGAUAAGACCUUCAGACAUGCUUUUAAGUACUAUUUCACCUUUGGCUAUAAAAUGAAGGUUCUGCUGUCCAUGCUGCCAUGUCUUCUGUUCCUGUACAUCAACGGGGUCAUGCUGGUGACGCUGCUGAGAAAGCCUCACAUGCUGGAGUCCCCUCGCUACAUCCUCUUUGGACACUUGCUCAUCAGCGACUCCCUGCAGCUGCUGUCCACCAUGUUGCUGUACAUCUUUGCCGUCACCAUGGUCAGCAUGAUCAGCUACGUUUGCAUGCUGGUCGUACAGCUGGCGGCCAUCACUGUGAAACUUUCCCCUCUCAACUUGGCCGUGAUGUCGCUGGAGCGCUACGUGGCCAUCUGCUUUCCGCUCAGGCACACAAACAUUGUCACCAUCAGGACGACGCGCAUCGCCAUCGUAGUCAUGUGGUCCAUGGCCUCCUUGGACUCGUUCAUCCAGUUCUUGCUCUUUGUCAGGCUGGAGAACACCAGCUUCACCGUGUCCCAGUACUGCAGUAGAGAGAAUGUGUGGCGACUGAAGAUAUAUAAUACAAUAGACACCAUCUUUACCAUACUUUACUUUGUGGUAGUGAGUAUAAUUAUCUUCUAUACGUAUAUCGCUAUCAUUUGUGCCGUCAGGUCGGCGUCCACAAACGUUCCGAAUGCCAGCAAGGCCCGGAAGACGGUGAUGCUGCAUAUGUUUCAGCUAUGCCUGUGUCUCACCUCCACGCUCUACAACAUGAUCAGCUCUGGCAGUCUGUUGUACAUAAAAGCUGACAUGGCUCUUCAUUUUCAAUACACUCUUUUUUUAGGCCUCCUCAUCAUCCCCAAAUGUUUGAGCCCGCUCAUAUACGGCUUCAGAGAUAACGCUUUCAGACAUGCCUUUAAGUACUAUUUCACCUUUGGCUACAAAAGACAUGUACAGCAGUCACCUUGA